CCCACGUGAUGACUUUGCUAUGUCAAACAGCUUCGUUUUGGAAAAUAAGGGGAAAAGCAGUGGGGUAGACGCAUAGACUUUCCCAUUCACGAUCCCCCCGUAUAUUUCAUAAGCUCUUAAAAUGUUGUAUCCUUUCUUUCUGCUUCUUAUUCUCACGUCUACUGUUGAUUUGUCAAGACAAGAUGUGAUUGAUAAUUUACUCACGAGUCUAUCAAAGGGAAUUACAUACUUUGAGAAACAGGGAAGAAAUAUCAACCUGGACGGUGUUGUCGGAUACAUAAUCCUUGAAGCGCAGCUUCUGGAGGCGACGCGCACCUGGCCGCACUCGGAUUUCGUGAGUCUUUCUCAGCGCUCAGCUGCAGUUUCUCUGCUAAAGAGACUAAACAGAAGCCUUUCUGCUGCUGUCAGUGCUCUUCAGGAUACAGAUCACAAAUAUUUCAAAGAGUUUGAGCCGAUCUUGGACAGCUCCUUUUGGUCCCUGCCUGCAAAAUGGAGUUUAACAGACCCCUCACUGGUUUAUAGUUCAGUGAGGUCUAUGGAGUGCUAUGAUGAGCACCUGAGUGACAAAUGCAUGACUCUAUUACUUGGAACAUGGAAAGACAAUGGAACGCCAUGUAUUGUGACUAAGACCUGCAGAGAUGCAAUGACACAAUUCGGUUGUCCACACUAUUCCCUUUCCCAUCAGCUCCUCUACUUCAUGAUAGGAACAAUGAAAGGAUGCUCCAGAAUGCUGAAGGGGGACAUGAGAUUGUCUCGUGUCAAUAUAACUGUGGAACAUUACAAGAGAAUCUUCUGCUCCAACAUGAUACAGAGCAACCAGGAUAUGUUCAAAACUGGGCUUACUGGCCAAAUGCAAGACAUCUUUUUAGAAAACAUUCUUUUAUGUGGUUUGGAGGGAUUCUCAGAUUUCUAUAAAUUAGACUGGUUACAGUCUAUAAUAACAUGGCAAGAUCAAGAAGUGGGUUGUUUUGGCAAAGAAGAUGACCUCGCCCAGAUCUUCGAGGAAUUUUUGGAUGCACCCCAUAAACGGGUGAAAAGAAGAGAGAAAACACUAAACGAUGGCUGCUCAAGUCAUAUGACAGGAGUUGCAGUGAGUGCAUUAGGAGGUUUUCUCAACUAUUACCUUUCAGAGCAGGACAUAACGAAGAGGCCAUUAAUCUAGAAGGACAAUUUCUAAAGCGAUAGUUCACCCAAAAAUGAAAAUUCUGUCAUUUAAAGGCGGGGUGCAUGAUCUCUGAAAGCCAAUGUUGAUAUUUGAAAUCACAUAACAAACACGCCCCUACCCCAAUAGAAUCUAGACCUUCUUUUUAUAGACCCGCCCCACACAUACGCAACCCAGACAACGAUGUGGGUUAGUAGACACGCCCCUUACUGCUGAUUGGCUACAAGUGUGUUUUGGUACUCGGUCCGACUCCCUUUUCCAAAGCUUUUUCAAAAAUCGUGCACCCCGCCUUUAAUCACCCUUCCGUUGUUCUUAAAGGGACAUUCUACUUUUU